AUGACAUUCUCUCCUACCAAUUUGCAUUCCUUAUCGAGCCCCCUACUAUGGAACGCACCAAGUCAAGAACCUGUCUAUCGCAAAGUGGCGAUAGUUGAAAAUUUCUUCGACAUCAUUUAUACUGUUCACGUUGAGUUGGAAGGCAGACCCGGUAAACAUGCUGGUCAAAAACGGACUUAUAGAACGAUUACGGAGACCUACGCAUUCCUGCCUCGGGAGGCGGUCACCCGUUUCCUCACCGGGUGCGCUGAGUGCGCCCGGCGCCCGCGCAGCGCCUCCCCCCCGCCGCUGCCCACCCCCUCGCCCUCCCCUACCCGCCACCCCACCUACCUGCCGUUCCUGCCGCACUGCGCCGCCGACUACACGAGAAACUGGGAGUCGGAAAUCGACGCGGCGCACUCCAACUACGCCUACGAGCCGAAGUUCGACUACACGGACCUCCAGCCGUUGAAGAAGGCGACCGGUUUCGACGCGACGCCAUUGCUGAACAGAAGUUCGUCGGUAGAACCGGCGUUCAGAGAGGAAGAGCCGGUACGCGCCGACCCCGAGAUAGACAAGGACGACAGCCUUAUAGACGUGGAAGACGUGAAAGUCGACAGCCCACAGCCCCUGUCGGUGCCGCUAGAGAAGGAAGAGGAGAAAGUCAAAGAGGACACGGAGAAAGAAGAAAGGGACACCGCCGAUGAAAGCGCCAAGGCAACGGAGAACGCAGAGACGAAAGAACAGACGGUUGACGUGAAAAAGGAGAAGAAAUACAAUCCCUUGGACGUCGCCAAUUUGACGUCGAAGGAUCCGCCGAAAUCGAGGUCCCCGCCCAAAAAGAAAUUGCUGCCGUCGAGUAUAGAAUAUUCAAACUCGUACGCGAGGUACCCAAAACCUUGGAGGCCGGAUGGCGGAUUGUACUACGCCGGGGAGGAUGUAGAUUACAGCGUACCCAUCACUACGGCGUAUUUGAAACACAUGAGGAGUAUGGCGUAUCAAGACAGCUUAGACGGAGAAAGCAAGCUGCGACCUUUUGCGCGGCGCGAUCCUAAGGGUCACUCGCAGUCCGUAAGAGGGGCACGGUCGGUCCCUGCGACCCCCGAAAGCGCCCCCUCGCCCCCCGGCGGUGCGACUUGUAAGAUUGAUUGGGGCUCCUUCAGUCCAUCGCCGGCCGCCCCCCGCGGGAGCGACCCUCCCCCCCUUUUUUCUCGGGUACUAAGCACGCGGAUG